ACGCCGCUCAGAUCGCUCCUCCUGCCAUCUUCAACGCGCUCUCCUUCCCCAACCUAAAUCGCUCCGCCUCCCUCUCCCAACCUACAGCGCCGUCGCAUCCCCUGCCACCACAAGCGCCGCCGCACUCCCCCCGGCAAACCCUAAUCGCCUCCUCCUCUCUCCCCUGCUGCCACCCUUCCGUUUCGCCACCAGCGCGACGGCUCCCCUCCCCACCGACCGCGUCGCGAACUCGCGAUAUGCCUCCGACGCUCGUGCCCCCCUCCAGCGACGGCGGCGCCGCCCCUCGCCGCUGACCGCGCAGCCGGCGCCCAGUCCCUCCUGCCGACCGCGUCGCGAGACGCCUCCCUCAUGAUUGACGCGCUUUGUUCUGGGUUGGGCACAGUAAGCUGAAGUACCUCGUCGCCAGCUCCGUCUCCGAGGCCUGCAACAACUCCGUCCUGCUCCUCGGCCCCUGCGGCUGUGAGGGGUCGACAUGGUUCUAGACGAUCUGAAGAAGGAGCAUCCUAAUGCAAUAUCCUGACUUUACUUGUUGCUAGAAAUGUAUCCAUGUAUUUGCGUAAUACACGACCAAUGAUUUACCUACGUUGGCCGUGAAAUAAACACAGGUUACGAGAAAAUAGUUUGUUUCAGGGCGCUUUAGGGCGGAAGGGGACAAGGCUAAAUGUAGAAAUUCCUUUCAUAUUUUUAUAUUCUCAAAUGCAUGGCCUAGCCAAAAGGACAAUAUAUCAUAAUGCACAAUUAGUUAGACUUUGUUAACUUGUAGUCCAGUUGGAUCAUUGUGCAAACUUUUUUCAGAUCAGGCUGAAUGGGAUGCUACAUAGUGAUGACAACUGUGCCACGAAGGAAAUUGCGAGGCAACUUUGUUUGGAACAUCAGUUAUCAUUUUCCAAAAUGGCUUCUUCAGAUGACAACACGGAAUUCAUGAUUGACAUGUUACGGUCAGUGAAGUGUUAACAUGAUGAGCAUCUGUACAUCAUAGAGACAUCCUUUUUCCUGGGUGAAUUUCACCUAAUCUGAGCCAUCCUUUUACUUCUAUGACUGAGAUCACCUUUUUCUAAUUAACAACCCUUAUACUCAGUUUAGAUGUGGAGGGAAUAUACAUACUUUUCUCUUCAUGUAGCGAUGAUGAGGAAGAUCGGUACUGAGGACCGGCACCAGUGGCAUCUUAUGUAUGGUUUCAGAUUUACUAGGGAUGUAUGUAUGGUUUCAGAUCGUGGUUUUGGAUGAAUAAAUUGAGUUUAGGUUUUAGUGCAACCUUGUCUCUUGCAUGCGUGGGGAUCGUUGGGGUCUUACAGAAUGCAUGACAAAAUGGAUUCCGGUAGAAAAACAUAAUAUACUCUUACUUGCACCGUGUAUAUUAUAUAUUUACCUCGAGCAUAGUAACAGAUUCAAUUUCUAUCUCGAAUGGUGCUUCAAACAAUAUAUACGUGGGGUUGUUUUUUUGGCCCUUAUCUUUUUUAAUCUUCCUUCCUCUUUUCUCUGUGUAAAAAUAUACGAUGCAGCUCGAAAUGUAUUGUUUUUUAUAUGUUCAUCGGCCUGUUCUUGUUUGCUAUAGGAAGUAUGCAUUUUGUUGGUAUGCAUUAACAGAGAAGGACCUUAGAGAAAAACUGAAAAAUCAUUUGUCUGAAAAUUGGUUGUGAAUUUUAGUUCUUUAUAUCCCCGAGGAAUGCAAAUAUUAUCUGGUUUGUUUCCGGCUUAUUUCGGUGGCUUUCAGAUAUAAAAGAAGGGAAAAAAAGAGCAGUGACUGUAGCAAGUGUGGAGCAAUACCUGUAGUCAUGGCAUAUUACUAACGCUCGAAGGUUUAGCCAACGCUUAUAUCCAUAGGGUUAUAAACCAUUUGGCAUAUUACUAGUAAGCUGUGGCUGUCGCGACGGCCGUGUGGCAGAAGUCCACCGACCCUGCCUGCUACGACAAGCUCACGCCCGUCUCCUCGCCGCCCAAGUGCGACGACAGCGUCGACCCGGACGCCGCCUGGUACGUGCCCAUGCGCUCCUGCCUCACCUCGCCUUCUUCCACUUCCUCGCGCUACAAGAAGCUGGCGCUCGACGCCACCCCCAAGUGGCCGCAGCGCCUGGCCGUCGCCCCAGAGCGCAUCGCCACCGUCCCCGGGAGCAGUGCCGCCGCCUUCAAGCACGACGAUGGCAAGUGGAAGCUCCGGACCAAGCACUACAAGGCUCUGCUCCCGGCGCUGGGGAGCGACAAGAUCAGGAACGUGAUGGACAUGAACACCGUCUACGGAGGCUUCGCCGCCAGCCUCAUCAAGGACCCCGUCUGGGUCAUGAACGUCGUCUCCUCCUACGGACCCAACUCCCUCGGCGUCGUCUUCGACAGAGGCCUCAUCGGCACCAACCACGACUGGUGUGAGGCAUUCUCUACAUACCCCAGGACGUACGAUCUAUUGCAUCUUGAUGGCUUGUUUACUGCAGAGUCUCAUAGGUGCGAGAUGAAGUUUGUACUUCUUGAGAUGGACCGUAUCCUUCGUCCCACUGGUUAUGCCAUAAUCCGCGAGAACGCCUACUUUCUGGAUUCUGUAGCCAUCAUUGUCAAAGGAAUGAGAUGGAACUGUGACAAGCAUGAUACCGAAUACAAGGCAGACAAGGAGAAGGUCCUCAUCUGCCAGAAAAAGCUUUGGUCAGGAAAGAACACCCAGCAUUGAAAAAAAUAAAUCAAUAACUUGAUAGCCUCACCUUAAUCGAACCUGGAGGGAUCACAAUGUAAAUCUGCUCAACGAUUUCAAGCCAUUGCUCAACCUAAGGCACUUCACCCUCCCACUAGACUUCACACUCUGAUACAAGAACAUUCGUAUAAUGAUUAAAUUAAAUAAAAUGAGCAAUACUCCAAUAUAGGAUCCAAUACUUCCUACUCUCUGCCAGUUAUCACACAAUUAUUUUUUACAGUUACUAGGGGACCAAUUAAUUAAUACCACCAAGAGGCAGCUGUAAGUUAUUACUUUUUUUUUUUAGAAUGGACAACUGUAAGUUACUUUUAUACUACUAUAUAGCGUGUUCAUUUGUAUUAGCCAUAGCUUGUUUCUACGAUUGUAACAAUAGGAACGGCUAUAUAUUUAUUUUAAUUGAAUGUUUACAGGAGUAAGAUAUUGUUGUUGGUA